AUGUCGAACGGGAAGCAAGCAUAUCUUUGUUUUGCAUUAACCAACGUAUUGAUUUUCUUUUUCAGUUCUAUUACCGAAGAAUAUGAGAAAGAAUUGGGAAGGCUUUCCUCUAGGCUGACGUGGAUAAUGCUUGCCUCAUUAGGUAUAUCCAAGGAAGAUGUCAAAUGGCCUGGCCCCAAAGGUGAUAACCAAGAGGCACAUGUCCUCCAGUUGAAUUCUUACCCUGCUUGUCCUCAUCCUGAUCGGGCCAUGGGUCUUGUUCCCCAUACUGAUUCAACCCUUGUCUCCAUUAUCCACCAAAGUAAGAUCUGUGGCUUGCAAGUUUUCCAAGAGGGCACCGGCUGGUUUCGGGUUCCACCGGUUCCCGGCGCUAUGGUAGUCAACGUCGGUGACCUCAUGCACAUAUUAUCUAACGGGUCGUAUGUGAGUGUCCUCCAUCGGGUACUGGUGAACCAAACUCAGCACCGUCUGUCAGUUGUUUAUAAUUAUGGACCACCAGACAAUGUUCCAAUCUCACCCAUACCAAAACUACUAAGCGCAAGCCACCCUGCCCUCUACCCACCCGUCACCAAUUGGAGUGAGUACGUUGACACCAAGGCAAAGCUCAAGGGCAAGGCACUUGCAUCACUCCGGCUUUAUGAGCCUCUUACAAAAUUGAUCGUUUUGUUUCGGAGGUCUGAAUGAUACAGACAGUAAGAAUAAA